AAAUAUCCCCAAAGAUAAAAUCACAGAGAAAAUUAAGAAAGGCAAAAUUUCAACCUCAUCUCUUUGUCUUCUACAAAUUUCUCCUAUCAAUUAUCAGACUCUUUUUUUUUUCUUUUCAAAACGGUUGAUUCAAACUCUCCUAAUCAUCAGACUCCUCAUACACACACACACACACACACACACACACAUAUAUAUAUAUAUAUAUAAAUGUUGGGGGAUUCAGGCGAAGCGCUAGAGAGCUCCGCCGCAUCAGCCUCCGCCGGAGAGGAGGGGAAGGAUGUAAAGCUGGAGGAUUCCGGCGAGAUAGUCACCGGAGGCGGUGGAGGAAAAAGGUGGCCUCGACCGGAGACUUUGUCCCUCUUGAGGAUACGGUCAGAGAUGGACUCAUCAUUUCGUCACUCUUCUCUUAAAGCGCCCUUAUGGGAGCAAAUCUCCAGGAAAAUGGCGGAAUUUGGUUACAGAAGAAGUGCAAAGAAAUGCAAGGAGAAAUUUGAGAACGUGUACAAGUACCACAAGCGUACCAAAGAAAACCGGUCUGGUAAACCGGAAGGCAAAACAUACCGGUUUUUCGACGAAUUGGAAGCUUUCGAGACUCUCCGUUCAUAUCCUCCCGAACCCGAAUCUCGACCCGAAAAAUUAUCUGCGCCCAAGAUUGCUUCCUUAGUACCAUGGAUCAGUAGGAGCAACCCGUCAAGUGGUACAAAUGCUUCCCCGUUGAGAAAUGACCCGUCAAACACUACAAACCCUACCUUCUUCGUCAAGAAACAGUCUAUUACACCUUUUGUUAUGAAUCACAGUACUGAAACAGUUCUUGGUGCCGGUUAUAAAGCGGAUUCUAAUAACUUCACGACAAUUGUUUCGUCGUUGAACAUCUUCUCGAGCUCGAUGUCUUCGUCCACUGCAUCUGAAGAGGAAGAGGAGGAAAAGGGGAAGGGGUCCAGGAAGAGGAGGAAAUAUUGGAAGGGAUCGUUCAAGAAGUUGGCAAAGGAUUUGAUGGAAAAGCAAGACGAGAUGCAGAAGAGGUUCUUCGAAACGUUGGAUAAGCGCGAGGAAGAGAGGCUUGCCAAAGAGGAAGAGUGGAGGGUCCAAGAAACGGCAAGAAUCAAUAGAGAAUACGAGAUAUUGCUCCACGAGAGAUCUUCUUCUGCAGUUAAAGACGCCGCCUUUAUUUCCUUCUUACAGAAGGUAUCCGAACAACAGCAUCAGCAACAAAAACUACCAUUUGCUUGUCUAAAUGACCAAAAGCACGAGAAAGGGACGGUGGAAGAUACAAGCAAGAUGAGCAAUGGAGAUUCAAACUAUAAGUUGUCUCAGAGUUCUUCUAGAUGGCCAAAAGCCGAGAUUGAAGCCUUGAUAAGGCUAAGAGCAGAUAUCGGCUUUAACUAUCAAGACAAUGGAACAAAGGGUCGUUCGCUAUGGGGGGAAAUCUCGGCCGGGAUGCGAAAAAUCGGAUACAAUCGCAGUGCCAAAAGAUGCAAAGAGAAAUGGGAAAACAUCAACAAGUACUUCAAGAAAGUCAGAGAGAGCAGCAAGAAACGCCCUUUGAGUUCCAAAACUUGCCCUUAUUUUCACCAACUCGACGCCAUAUACAAAGAGAAGAACAAAACUGUGGGAUUGCCUCUAAUGGCGGCUACACAACAACAGAUGCUUCCUCUCCAAGUAACCUGCGAUGAGUCCGAGAAGCAAAAAACCCUAACGGUGGCUACACAGCAACAGUCUCAAGUAACCUUUGAUGAGUCCGAGAAGCAAGAGAUGGGAAACGAAGGGGACCGAAUUCGAAUGGAAGAAACAGACAGUGAAGAAGAAGAAGACGAAGACAAUGAGACAGGUGGGUUCGAGAUGGUGUUGAACAGAACAUGCUCUCCCAUGGACAUUAACAAUAAUGUUUUCGCAUAAUGAAUUUAUAUAACAAUUUUUAGGUUUUCUAAAAAUAAUACUAUUCGAGAAUUUUGGACAGUUCAAAUAUAAAAAAAAAAUACUGCA